GAAACAAGACAAGUGUAAGCCUAAAGCUCCUUGGUUUCAUCAACAACAGCAAAGGAAAAGCUAAAACUAAACUCCCAAAAAAAAAAACUCUCAAUUCUUGUUGUGAAAGUGAAACUAAAAUUAGAGUUGUUUUUCACCUUCCUUUGUUCUUUCUAUGAAUUUUGUUUUUGCUUUUGCUUUUGCUCUGUGUACCCACAGAACACAACUCUUCUUCAUCACCAUUCACCACGUGUUGUAGAGCCACACCUUCUGUAACGCCUAUUUCUAAAACAACAACAACAAGAAGCUAGCUAGCCAUGAUCAACACUUUCUUGUACUCUUCUUUCUUAUAUCUUUUUCCUUUCUUUAACUUUUUUUGUCUUGAGUUCAUGUUCUAUUCUAAGUUUUCCUUUGAUGGGUUGUUCCCAUUUCUUGAAAAAAUCUAAUCUUUAUGUUGAUUUGAGUUAAUUUUGUUUGUUUUGAGACAUAUCAAAUCAAAAUUUUGAGUUUUCCUUUGAUGGGUUGUUGCCAUUUCUUGAAAAAAAUCUCAUCUUUAUGUUGAUUUGAGUAAGUUUUGUUGUUUUUGAUACAUGACAUCAAAAUCUUGAGUUUUCCUUUGAUGGGGUUGUUCCCAUUUCUUGAAAAAUCUCAUCUUUAUGUUAAUUUGAGGUACUUUUGUUGUUUUUGAGACAUAAAACAUCAAAAAUCUUGAGUUUUUCUUUGAUGGGUUGUUUCCCAUUUCUUGAAAAUCUCAUCUUAGCAUGUUAAUUUGAGUUGAUUCUUGUUGUUUCUGAGAUAUAGCAACACCAAAGUCUUGAUUUUUCCGAUGGCUGCAAUUCUGAGGUUUCGUAAGUUGUGCUUUCUUGAACCAGUGAAGUGUUCUACUGUCAGUGUUCAGUCAUUUGAGAAACCAAAAAAUGAUGAAAAACAAUCUUUUGAACAACCCCAAAAACCAGAAAGUCUUGUUUCUGCUAUUGAUAGAGUUUUAGAGAAACCAAAAUCCAAGAAAAUAAAGAAGCAGCCUAAGGAAUGGAGGUGUGUAGAUAGCUGUUGUUGGCUAAUUGGCUACUUGUGCACUAGUUGGUGGCUUCUUCUGUUUUUGUGCAAUUUUUUGCCUGCAAAUUUGCCUGGACUUAGAGUCCCUGAAGCUCCUGGAGUUAGACUCAAACGUGAUGGAUUAACAGCUCUUCAUCCUGUUGUUUUAGUCCCCGGCAUUGUCACAGGUGGCCUUGAGCUUUGGGAAGGAAGGCCUUGUUCUGAAGGAUUAUUUCGAAAGAGGCUAUGGGGUGGUAGUUUUACUGAAAUAUUCAAAAGGCCUUUAUGUUGGUUGGAGCACCUAUCGUUGGAUAAUGAGACGGGGCUCGAUCCACCGGGGAUUCGAGUCCGAGCAGUUCCGGGACUUGUAGCAGCUGAUUAUUUUGCUCCAGGUUACUUUGUUUGGGCUGUUCUUAUUGAGAAUUUGGCAAAAAUUGGCUAUGAACAGAAGAACAUGUACAUGGCUGCUUAUGACUGGAGACUAUCCUUUCAAAAUACAGAGAUUAGAGACCAAUCGUUGAGUAGGCUGAAGAGCAAAAUCGAGCUUAUGUACGUAACAAAUGGUUACAAGAAAGUGGUAGUAGUGCCUCAUUCAAUGGGAGUUAUCUAUUUCCUUCACUUCCUUAAAUGGGUUGAAGCGCCUCCUCCGGUUGGAGGUGGUGGCGGACAGGGUUGGUGCGCCAAACACAUCAAAGCUAUCAUGAAUAUCGGUCCAGCAUUUCUUGGUGUUCCGAAGGCUGUUGCUAAUAUAUUGUCUGCUGAGGGAAGAGAUGUUGCCUUUAUCAGAUCCAUGGCUCCUGGUUUGCUGGAUUCCGAGACCUUUGGUUUUCAAACACUUCAACACAUUAUGCGGGUUUCUCGAACAUGGGACUCCGUCAUUUCUUUGGUACCGAGAGGAGGAGAGACCAUAUGGGGUGACUUGAAUAGGUCUCCAGAAGUAGAAAAUAUAUGUUAUACAUCAAAGGCACGAUACUUGCAAUCCUCUUCGAAGGAAUACAAUGGCAAUGACACGGAUGCUAAGAGGAGUUUCCACGUGAAGGAGCUGCCGAGAUAUGGUAGAAUAAUCUCAUUUGGCAAGGAAAAAUUAGAAUUACCUUCUUCACAGCUCUCAAUAAUUGAUUCAAAGGAACUCAUGCGUGGAAGUGCAUCCAGAAAUUCCAACACGUCAUGUGGAGAAGUAUCGUCAGAGUAUGACGAAAUGAGUCGCAACAACAUCAAGAAAGUUGCUGAAAGUGAUGCAUACACAGCAAGUACUCUGUUAGAUCUUCUUCGGUUUGUGGCACCGAAAAUGAUGAAGCGCGCUGAGGCACACUUCUCUCAUGGAAUAGCUGAAGACCUUGACGAUCCGAAGUACACUCAUUACAAGUACUGGUCAAAUCCACUUGAAACCAAGUUGCCGGAUGCUCCGGAUAUGGAGAUAUUCUGUUCAUAUGGAGUGGGAAUUCCUACCGAGAGAUCAUACGUCUACAAGCUGUCAUCUUCCGAUAGAUGCAAGAGCAUUCCUCUUCAAAUCGACAGCUCCGCGUAUGGAAGUGACAACGGGUGCUUGAAGGGUGGUGUACACUUUGUUGAUGGCGACGAGAGUGUACCCGUCGUGAGCGCCGGCUUCAUGUGCGCGAAAGGUUGGCGAGGCAAAACGCGUUUCAACCCCUCGGGCAUCUCAACAUACAUAAGGGAACACCAGCACAAGGCUCCGUCGAGUCUGCUAGAAGGGAGAGGCACGGAGAGUGGUGCUCAUGUUGACAUCAUGGGAAAUGUCGCCUUCAUCGAGGAUGUCCUUCGACUCGCUGGUGGUGCCACCGGUGCAGAGUUGGGUGGCGAUAGAAUCUACUCGGAUAUUAUGAAAAUGUCAGAGAGGAUAAAUAUUCGUCUUUAACGUGCGAUAAUACGCGCGAUUUUGACUGAGGGAUGAAGGACAGACUCAGAGAAGUAAAGAGCACAAUAAUAGGAUAGUGAUAAUGAGAGUAGAACAGUGAAAACAACUACAAGAAAAAGACUUAAAGAGGACAAUCAAUUGAUGCAAGUAAAGUGAUUGCAUUGAAUGUAAGUUUCUAAUUGAGAAAGAGGGGUGGACUCAAAGAGUGUAGCAUUUUGUCACUUUUGUAAUCUACUGAAUAAAUGAUCACCUUAGGUAAUCAGGUUCAAUAAA